AUGAAGAAAGCUCAAAAUGCUGAGAAUUUGUAUGUAAAAUCUCCAAAACCUGCAUUUCUCUGCAUAUUAUUAUUCAUCCUUGUUGUUCGUCUUCCAAAAGCUGCAUCAAUGGAUGAUAACGAUAACAUCAAUUUCACUUUCCCUGAUUUCAACUCAAAUACGCAUCGCAUAGUGUAUGAAGCUGAUGCAUACGCAUCAGGCAACGCAAUCCUACUCACUGCUAACAAAACAGACCAGGGUCUAAAUGGUAGUGUUGGUCGAGCUACUUACUACAAGCCAAUGCGUCUUUGGAACAAUUCAUCUGGAGAUCUCCUACUUGCAGAUUUCACCACUCAAAUUUCCUUCGCCGUUGAUUCCUUCCAUAGCAGCUCAUACGGUAGUGGGUUUGCGUUUUUCCUUGCUCCCAAUGGCUCAAAAAUCCCUACUCAUUCCGAAGGUGCUUGCUUCGGACUUCAAGCUUGCUAUCCGAGUUCGAGUUAUGACGGGAACUCUAAGUUUGUUGCAGUGGAGUUUGAUACGCAUCAGAGUGAUUGGGAUCCUCCGGGGAUGUCAGAGCACGUGGGCAUUGAUAUAAACUCUGUCAAGACUUCUUACCCCACCGUCGCAUGGUGGUGGAGUGAUAUUGAAAAUGGGGGAAAAGUUAAUGCUUUCAUCACUUUCAACUCUAGUACAAAAAACUUGAGUGUUACUUUUGUUGAUGCUAAUGAUUUUACUCGUGAGAACUCAUCCAGUCUUUCCGCAACACUGGACCUUAGCCAAUAUUUACCGGAAUGGGUCACUUUUGGCUUCUCAGGAGCUACUGGAUUUAACAGAUCGACUGAGCUACACACUAUUUAUUCCUGGAAUUUCAGCUCUACCUUACAAGUUUCCAUGGAUACAGCUAUCCAUUCUCCAACAGCUGCACCUGUAGCAACAACAAGCACAAGCAACUCUCCGGUCGAACCAAGAAGGAAGAAGAGGACAUGGCCAUGGAUUGUUUUAGCCAUGUUUGGUGCCAUAUCUGCUUUGGUCCCAGUUUUGGGAUUAAUUUGGUUUUUCUACCAGAGGAGAAAAUACAGCAGGAAGGAAGAUGGGACCAUGGUUGUCAACGUAGAAAUGGAAAUGGUGACAGCACCUAGGAAGUUUUCCUACAAGGAGCUAAGAUUUGCAACUAAUAAUUUUGCUGACGAAGGUCUGCUUGGAGAGGGAGGUUUUGGGAAGGUUUAUUUAGGCUUCUUGAGGGACAUUAAUUGCAGUAUUGCUGUCAAAAGGAUAACUCCAAAUUCUCAACAAGGGGUGAAAGAGUAUUUAUCAGAAGUUACAACUAUUGCCAGGUUGAGGCAUAGAAAUCUGGUCCAACUCAUUGGUUGGUGCCAUGACAAUAAGGAGUUUCUGAUUGUGUAUGAUUUUCUUCCAAAUAAGAGUCUCGAUUUCCAUCUGCAUAGAGAGCCAUGCUUGUUGACGUGGGAUAAAAGGUAUAAAAUCGCUAUGGGAUUAGCCUCAGCGUUAUUCUAUCUGCAGGAAGAAUGUGAUCAAUGCGUGCUGCAUCGAGACAUGAAGUCAAGUAAUGUUCUGCUAGAUUUGAGUUUCAAUGCCAAGCUUGGUGACUUUGGGCUGGCUAGGCUUGUUGACCAUGGACAAGAGUCUCAAAAAACUUCGGUUAUGCUUGGGACUGAUGGUUAUAUAGCACCCGAGUGUCUUGUCACAUACAAAGCCACUAAGGAAUCGGAUAUAUAUAGCUUUGGUAUUGUUGCCUUAGAAAUAGCCUCCGGAAAGAAGGCCAUUGCUGUAAUAGAAAGGCAUGGCAGGAGAUUCAAGACAAAACUGGUGGAAUGGGUUUGGGAACUGUAUGGGAAAGAGAGCCUUUUAGAUGCUGCAGACCCACAAUUGUAUGGCAAUUACGAGAUAGAACAAAUGGAACGGCUGCUCUUAGUUGGGCUGGCCUGUGCUCACCCAAACUAUUUUGACCGCCCAUCGAUACCGCAGGUUAUCGACAUCCUUUCUUUCAAAGCUCCAGUGCCUAUGCUACCACAGGAGAUGCCGGUUCCAACAUACAUUGCAGCUCUGCAAGACAAUAUUGUUACAUCUUCAGCAUCCAAUUCAUUCCAUACCGGUGCGUCCAGCAGAAGCCAAACUCAAAGUUCAGGCAUUGCUUCAAGUAUCCAUUCCUUGAAAGGAUAAAAAAAAGCACUCCAGCUAGGUGGAAGCAAAGCAGUGUGUUCUUGUUAGUCAAAAUUUUUUUUUUUCCUAUUUACUUGCAUAUUUGGUUUCAUGUUUUCCAGUUUUGAUGCUUUUGUUACAUCCAUGUUCUACAGCCCAAUUUUGCCCAAGAAACCAAAUUAAACCCCCAGACCCAUUAACAGUCCGAUUACAUUUAACA